AUGCGAGGUUCUCAAAUUGCCCGAGUGGUGGCCUUGGGAUUGGCCUCGGCAACAUUAGCAGCAGCAGCAAACGAUGCGAGCUAUGACCCUUCAUUGAACUUCCGACCGGACAAUGUGACCUUCAGUAACCUGUAUCAUUGGGUUGGAUCAUACUACAACGGUUCGACGACAAUCCAGAUCGAGCCCUUUGGUGGAGUCGCCGCGAAGGAAGAAGGGACCCUUGACACCACUUGGUGCCCGAAUUUGAAGGGCAACACCUACAAUACCAAAUUCGAUACAAUCCUUGGACUUACGGAGCGGGCCAAAUACAAUGCUGGCAGCAAUCCCCUCAACGUUGUCCUGACCCUGUGGGAUCCAGGCUUCAACUUCAGUGUGCUCAACGCAAGUAAAGAGAUCACAGAUUUACCAUGGGACUGGGCACUAUUCUCUGCAUUGCCUUUGGAUUCAUACAAUGGCUCUUUUACGGAACCCGAUCUCUUCAAUCUCACUCUUGCCGAGACUAGCAAGGCACCCUACAACGUUUCAAGUACCUUCACCGAAUAUGGCAGCGACAGCACAUUCGAUUCAACUUACCCGAUUGUAUUCAACAUGACAUCCUGCAAUGGAACGCAGGCCACUGAUUGGUCUGCAUACAUGAUCUCCAACUACUACUGGCCUACCACAGGGUCCAAUAUCUCGUAUCCAGACCCAACUUUCGACAUUGUGUUCGACGAUAAGACUGCCAAACUUACCCUGGAUGCUUACAUUCAAGCAGUCCAGGGCUGUGAGGAUAGGCCUCAAAACCAAGACUUCUGCGAAGCAGACACUCUGAUCGAGGCUAAGAUGACGAUCACGUUCGAGGGAACGAUCGACUCUUAUCAUUCGGAUGAGCUUAAGACAGACAGCUCUAAGCCUACUUGGCUUAAGACAGUUGGCUUCAACAACAGUACCAAGACAGAUGGAAACAGUACUACCGGCAGUGGUAGUAGUAACAAGAAGAAUGGCUCGAGCGGUCGUCAAUACCCGGGCGCAUUCCCCCUUGCCGCUGGCAUCGUCGCGGCUAUAUUUUCUUCUCUGUCCAUUUAG